AUGGCAUUGGACACUUUUCUGUUCUACAUGGAUCUCCCUGAAUGUUACGAAGGCCGUGUGACUAGAGACGAGGAGACAGCCGCCCUGCAUGAUGCACUGAAGGAGCAUGUAGCACAGAGGCCCACAGAAGACGAACGCUCUGAAAGGGAGCUGCAGAGAAGGAGGAUUUUGGAAGAAUUUCCUCAGUUGAAAAGCAAACUUGAAGAAAACAUCAGGAAGCUCCGAGACCUGGCUGACCAUCUUGACCAGGUGCACAGGGGCUGCACCAUCUCCAACGUGGUGUCCAGUGUUGCCAGCAUUGCCUCUGGAGUCGUUGGUUUAUGUGCGGGACCAGCGACUGGAGGGGCCAGUCUGCUCCUCUCAGAAGCUGCAUUGGGGACAGGAGCACUCUCAAGUGUGUCUGGUGUCGCCAGCAGCGCUACGGAAGAAAUAAUCAGAUGGAUAGAUGAAGCUGAAGCCAAGCGCCUAGUUGGAGCCAGCAGGAGCAUACUUGAGAAGAUGUUGGUCCUUUUUAAGUUUCCAAUCGAAACUAUAAAUACAGGUAUGGAUUUAGUCCUUGCAUGGAAAACACUAGGACAGCAGAUCCGUUCCUACAGGAUGGCCAGGGAAAACCCUCUCUAUAGAGUAGAAGCCAGGACCAUUGGUAGAAUCUCUGAUGUAGGUUCUAUGGAGAUCGAGAGUGCCUUGUCCGACUCUGUUCUCCCAAUGACCAGAGGAGCCAGGAUUAGAGCAAUAGCCUUUCCCAGUAUCAUGUUUGUAAUUGAUGGCUAUCAUCUUAUAAAAGACUCAAUGGAUUUGUACAAAGGGGCAACCACAGAGUCAGGGGCGGCACUGCGGGACCUAGCUGACAAGCUGGAGAAGAAGGUGCAGGGAUUCGAGCCGACCUACAAGGCUCUGCAGCCAUACCUGCCAUAG